AUGCGAAUCCUCGCGCAAUUUCGGCGGGCGACGACGGGCCGGCGGCUCCUCUCGUCCGCUUCACGCCCAAUCACAGCGCUCAACUCGCUCUCGGGCAAGGUCGAGGCGCUUCCGGUAGCUUCCUCGGGCCCGCUCAAGUGGUACGUAUGCGGGCCAACGGUCUACGACAGCGCCCACCUCGGCCAUGCGCGCAGCUACGUGAGCCAGGACAUCCUGCGGCGCGUCUUGACAGGCUACUUUCGCCAUGAUAUCAACUUGGUCAUGGGCAUGACCGACGUUGACGAUAAGAUCAUUGCCACGUCGCUCCGCGAAGGCAAGCCCAUGGAGGCGGUCGCACGCCACCACGAAGCCGCUUUCUUGGCCGACCUUGCGUCACUCAACGUCUUGCGGGCCUCUGCCAUCACGCGUGUGAGCGAGCACAUUCCCGAGAUCCUCGCGUACAUCGAGACGCUCGAGGCCAAUGGCUUUGCCUACACGACGUCUGACGGCGUGUACUUUGACACGGUCGCGCUCGGCGCCGACGACGCUGCUGCCGCCGAUGACUCGGGCAUUGGCAGCGAGAAGCGCAACGUGCGGGACUUUGCUCUCUGGAAGCGGUCCAAGACAGCGGAUGAGCCCGGGUGGGACUCGCGGUACGGCCGCGGCCGCCCAGGGUGGCACAUUGAGUGCUCGGCCAUGACGCACCACGUGCUCGGUGGCUCAAUCGACGUGCAUUCGGGUGGCAUUGACCUCUGCUUUCCGCACCACAACAACGAAGUCGCGCAGUGCGACGGCUACCACCAUAAUUCCGCCGGACAUACGUGGUGCAAGCACUUUAUUCAUUUCGGGCACUUGUACAUCAAGGGUCUGAAAAUGUCCAAGUCGCUCAAGAAUUUCAUCUCGAUCCAAGAUUUUCUGAGUGCGCCGGGGUCGUCGUCGGAUGCCUUCCGCCUCUUUUGCCUCCAGUACAAGUACAACACGAACGUGCACUUUUCGGAGGACCGGAUGCGCGACGCCAACGUCCUCUUGCAGCGUUUCACGUCUUUCUUCCAGGCGGUCGUCGGUCUCACAAAGGCGUCGACGCCCCACCGCCGCCUCGAGACGCCCGACGAUGUGCUCCUCACAGCGCUGGCCGAAGCCAAGGUCGAGGUCGACCGCGCCUUGCGCAACGACUUUGACACGCCGGCAGUCCUCAUGCAAUUGACGCAGCUCAUCUCGCUCGUGCACCGUGAGGUCCAAGCCCGCAAGAUUUCGAUCGAGGUCGUUUGCCGACUGGCCGCCUACGUCCUCGAGACGCUACACCUCUUCGGCCUUGACAAGUCGCUCACGGGCUUUUCGUCAAUUGCGCUUGCGGCACCGGUUGCUGCCUCGGACGCGGGUGCUGGUCUUGCGCACGCCGAGAACAUUCUUGACGAGUUCACAGCCUUCCGCGCCCGCGUGCGCCAAGUCGCGUUGGCCAACCCCAAGGACCCGCAAAGCCAAGCAAUUCUGGCUCUUUGUGACCAGCUUCGGAACGAGACGUUGCCGCCACUCGGCAUUCAAAUCGAUGACGUGGCGCCGGGGACGUCGCACUGGAAGGCGCAGGCCAUGAUCGAGGCCGACGCUGCGCCGGAAGACCCGGUAAAGACCCAGUUGGCAGCCAAGCAAGCUGCGUUCGAGGCCGAGAUGCAGAUUGCACCGGCCGACUUUUUCCGGCGCUCGAAUCAAUUUGCGGGCCAGUUCCGCGCGUUUGACGACGAGGGCGUGCCAACGCAGGAUGAGCACGGUGUCGAGUUGACCAAGACGGCGCGCAAGAAGCUGAUGAAGAAGCUCGAGAAGCACACCAAGUCGCACGACAAGUACUGGGCGACCCAUCGAUAG